GCCAAACAAACCCCAAUUGAAGAUGCUUAUCCACAAAACUAAAAACCUUUCGUACUCUUCGUCUUCCUAGUGCCUUGGACGGAAGCUGACCAAACCUUUCUUCGUUCUUCAGACUCUACCCCCACAAACAAACACUCUCUGAGACUUUAGCCAUAAAGCUUUGCCAAGCUUCGAUAGCGUUCGAGCAUUCAUGGCGACGCCGUUUUGUCCGACGACCCCUGUCCGGUCCAUCAUCCAACCCCAGCAAAACCCUCCCAAAACCCUCAUCUUUCUUGGAGAUACUUAUAAUGGAAGACCGGGUUGUGUGAAAUGCCAGUCGACCAGGGUGAGUGUGCAUUCGUGGAGCUCGGCUGCAAGCUAUGUGAGACUUCGGAGUGGUGUUGUUGGAUUUUAUGGGAAGCCUGUUGUUAUGAGGCAGUUGUUGCAAAGGAGAAGAGGAGUUGUCGCUGCAACUGUUGAAGAAAUUGAAGCAGAGAAAUCUUUGAUUGAGAAAGACGCUAAAGGAAGGAUGGGAAAGACUAUUGAGACAGUUCAAACCAAUUUCAAUUCUGUAAGGACAGGGAGAGCAAACCCAGCCAUGCUAGAUAAAAUUGAGGUGGAAUAUUAUGGAAGUCCAGUUAGCUUGAAGAGCAUAGCUCAAAUUAGUACUCCUGAUGCAAGCUCUCUCUUGAUACAGCCGUAUGACAAAUCCAGCUUAAAGUCUAUAGAGAAGGCCAUAGUAGGAUCUGAUCUUGGUAUGACUCCAAACAACGAUGGAGAAGUGAUAAGACUGACCCUCCCUCAACUUACAUCAGAAAGGAAGAAGGAAAUGUUAAAAGUUGUAGCUAAACUGGCUGAAGAAGGGAAGGUGGCAUUGAGGAAUAUAAGAAGAGAUGCUUUAAAAUCCUACGAAAAACUUGAGAAGGAGAAAAAGCUCUCUGAAGAUAUUGUGAAGGACUUGUCAAGUGAUUUGCAGAAGCUGACAGAUGAGUAUAUGAAGAAGAUCGAUGCCGUCUUCAAACAGAAAGAGAAGGAGUUGCUGAAGGUUUAAUGAUUGUCUGUACACAUGUAAAUGGGAAUCAAACGGGAGAGCCUCCUGACUAGCCAACCUGAGAAAUGGAACCACUUUGCAUAUUUUUCAUACCCGUCUUACAAAAACACUAUUGAAUUAACAAAGAGCAUUAUGUUUUUCUAUGUAUUGUUAAUUUCGGUGUUCUCUGCAUAGUUUUUUUCCAAA